AUAUUACGUCCAUGGGGCAGUCGAACCACCGCUUUUUCGUACACCGUGCUUGAAAUACUUGACUGUCGAUUUAAGAUUUGACACAGCGCGUCGUUGAUCAUGUUUGCUGUUAACAUGAACAAUGCUCCAAUUUUUUAAAAAAUCUGGGCCCCGCGAUAAGCCUGGAUCGUCGUCAAAGUCUGAAAAUUAUGGAAAAUUAGCGGUAGAUGUAUUCCGCCAAGAAUUCCGCCCGCUGCACUGCUUGGAGGAGGAAGAGGAAGACGAAGAUUGCAGGGAUCAGAAAUUUGAGGUCACCACAUUCAAAUCGCGGCUAUCAAAAACUCUGCCAGAAAUUCUUUCGGACAAAGGGGCUCUUGGUUAUUUUUUUCAAUUUCUUGAAGCUCGAGGAUCCGUAGCGCUCAUCAAGUUUUGGCUAGAGGUGGAAUGUGUGUGUAACUCUCACGGUGUUGAUGAAUUCGAAAAGUGCGUGAAGAAGGGAUUGGGCGAAGCUGGUGACUGGACAUUUAUUGAAGAGAACAGUGCUACCGGCUCAACGGACAAUAAUGAUAACUUUAGAUGCAAUAUAGCAGCCGGGGAUAUACGGGCUCACGACCUUGUAAAUAGUAAUCAUACUAAAUCAAAUUGUGAUGAAACUCCAAAGACUAGUCAAACGGUGAAAAGAGCUCAAAAAUCAAAAAAUGAAUUAAUAAUUAAAAAUCACAAAACUACUGCUGCAGAAGAGGACACCUUGCGAAUUUACAAACGAUAUAUUGCCAAUGAAUGCUUGGGGCUAGUUCAAGUUCCCAUGGAUAUCCGAAUUGGUAUGGAAUCUGCCCUGCAUUCUCACGACAUAGGGCUACUCUUGAAGUGUUUGUCCAACGUUCAACAGAUCGUCUAUAAAGCUUUGGAGGACGAGUACAUCAAUGAUUUCCUGAGGAGUGAUUUUCAUUGCAAGCAUCAAAUCGAUGUGCUUACCAGUGGCGAUGUCCAGCUUGCAGACAUACUUUAUAACGAGACUGCUUUUUUCCAUUUUAUGGAGUUUAUGGAGAUUGAAGGAAAACGGGAGCUUCUGGACUUCUGGAUGUCAGCGGUGAAUUAUAAGCAGAAUUUAAUGCAAAAAGGAGAUAGUACUAACUCAGCGGAGGCUCAAACGGAUGCGCUAAUACUUUACGACAAAUAUUUUAGUUUGCAAGCGACAAUGCCACUUGGAUUCAGUGACAAAAUACGGUUUCACGUGGAACAAAAUAUUUGUCGCGAAGAUGGAGAAGGGCCAAGGCCUGAAUGUUUCGACCGACCUUGUCAAGUUGUCUACAGAUUUCUCAAUAAGCAUUAUCUGGGUGCUUUCCUGUCAUCGCAGUUGUAUUACAAAUAUUUAUCGGAGCUAAUUAGCAGUAUCCAGAGUAGUCCGUGCCCACCUUUGCACCCUCAGUUAAGAAGAACAGAAUCCGACUGCAGCAGCGAUGUCAGCACAGUGAGCAUCGGCACGCUCAGUACAAUGCCAAUAAGCCACGAGGAGGGUAGUGGACGAAAAAGCGGUGCAAAAGACACAGGAAGUAUGAGCAUUGAUACCAGACAACUCUAUGAUCCAGACUCUUUGUGGAAACGCCAAAAGUACAAUUUAAGCGUUGGAUAUAUCAACGAUAUGGGCAGAUUUGUUACCGAGAUCGAUCCAGACCCGCAUCGCAGAUACGAAUCUCGCUUGUCACGCGCCAUGAAAAGGCUCGUCAAUUUGGAGAAUGACAAGGCUAAAGAAGAAAUGGCUUGGAGAAUUGCAGAGAUGAUAGUAGGUGAAAUAACAAGCCUGACCCAGAGUCAGAGGGUUUGCCAAACACAUAAUCCGUCUUGAUGCAAUCUGCCACUAUGGGACUGCAAAAUUGUUCUCGCAGAGAGACCGGCAAGUUCUUUGCACACAUUUUCUCUAAGCAGUCAUACUACAUCAGAUGAAUCUCUUGAAAUUACCAAAUAAUUGAAGACAAACUGUUUCGGUUAGUUUGAUGAAAUGGAUGCUUAUAUUGGAAUUGGAAAUUUAACCUGCAGUGUUACAACGGCAUCCAUGAAAACGAGAAAUUAUGUGCUUCCAUCUAUCACAGUUUUCUCUUCAAAACGUCUUGCAAGCCUCUCUCGGUUCUUGCCAUGCAAAUUGUGAGAAUGCAUGUAUACCAAUGUUUUUAGUACACUGUGGAAUCGCUAAAUUUUAUGGUCCCUGUUGCUCCAGGUUCCCUAUAUAUCUAGGAGGCGAGAAGCGAGUUUUAUAUCUGUUCUGAAUAUGUAUCACAUCAGCAUUAAUGUUUCCCAAAAAAUGGAAUAAUUUCAUCAGAUACAACCCAUUAUGAAUAGUCCCUGUGUGUGACCAUACAACAUUCAACAUUUCUCGGAUAUUUAAUGGUUUUUCCCAUUUUGGCGAUAAAUAUUUCAGACGCAGUCCUAACCCUAUAUAUCGUUUUACUUUGCGCACAGGAGUUUAAUGGCUGGACGAUCGUAUUUUUUGUUCUUAUUACAAUCUUCGUUUCUAUGGAGUGUCGACUAAAACCUGGCCCCAAAAUUGUCAGAAAAUUAGAAAUUUUCCGAUUCAAUUGUCAUCAUUCUCCAGGUGCAUUGAAAGUAAGAUAUCUCAUUCAUAAACUACUCAAACAAAAUUUCCAAGAAUCUCUUUCUGCACAUAUCCGUAGUAAAAUUUGGAAUAAAAUGAGUUUUUACAUCUCAAAAUUGAUUAUUUGAAAAAUAUUAAAAAACUAUUUGUUUACUUCUCAAAACAUGACCUGAGUAGCCAUAAAAAUCCCUGGGAUUUCCAUGUUCUUUGAGGAGAAGAAUUCCCUGAGAACGCCAAUUAUGCCAGGGUUUCCUAGGUAGUAGACACUCUGAUUCGUUAUUUAAAAUUCGAAAUUCAAAUCAUGGGAUGAACUCAAUUUCUUGCAUUUCUGACUUUUGCAAAAUUUUAUAAAUGACCGUUAACUAACCGAAAGAUAUGCGUUCUACUAAUAUCUAUCAUAACUUCACAGUAUUUUGUUCAAUAGUUUAGUAUUUCACUUUUUAGCGCCAUACAAGACAAAUAACUAUUGGCAAAUGAGUUUGCAACUAAAAUGUGUAAAGCAUUGAGAUAUUUAUAAUGGCUUUAUGUUAUAUCGUUAUAAUUAGUAAUUUUUUUUAAAAGUAUUUUGAAACAUUUCUACCGCAUACGUGACAAGUGCCAGAUAAUAUUUUCACCUGUAUUAUGACUGUAAAGCAUUCAUGAUUAGGAUGACAGCGAUACACGUUGAUCAUCUAUUAUAGUGAUUGAAUAAUGUUCGGCCAGUGAAACGUUCUCUCUCUAACUAAUAUGAUUUUUAAACUACUAGAAUAACUAAAGCCUUAUUUCGAACUUGAGAAAAAAGGACGGCAAAAGAGAAAUGGCAAAAACAAAACUUAACGAUCUCACACACUCUGAUUUGUGACAAAUUUAUCAGCAAAGCUAAGAGCCAGUGGGAUCAAAUAUAUUAACCUCUACAUUUUUUUUUAUUUUAAAAUGUAAAUUUUUACAUCUCAUUCGAGGGUGCUCAAAUAAAAUUCCCUGACUUUUUCUAGCAAAAAAUUCAGAAUUGCCUGACUUUUUCCCAUGAAACUUAAGUAAUGUUGGGCAGCAUUUAUGACCAAAAGUUCCACAAGUUGUCUACCUUGAAUAUGUAAGUACGGAUCUAAAAAAUAUAUAGAAUUGCUUCGUUUUACAAAAAUAAUUAGAUGUUGAACAAUAUCAUUUCCAAAAGAUAGCUUAACUAAAUUUACGAAGCAUAACUGAAGGUUGAAAAUGAUUUAUAAAAAAAGUACGUUUUUCUGGAUGAUCCAUCAUAAUUCCCUGAUUUCCCUGACCAUUCCCAGUUUGUCACCACCCUGUUAUUCUUUCAUCGAUACAUCCACUUCGCGAGCAUAUAUGACGUAAAAAUUGAUUGAAAGUAAUCGCAUAGAUUGACACUGUACGUACGUAAUGUACCUAAUCAUGUGUCGAAAUUACCGUUCUAAAUAUAACACAUGAUAAUAUUAAAUAUAAAAGUGUGAAGUAAAGUAUUAGUUACUGACAUGGUGAAGCGGAAUUGGUACUGAAUUGAUAUUAUGUUGUAGUAUAUGUACAGAUCCUUAGAUUGAUUCUGACAAAUUUAAAGCCACGGAUGGCAUCUGUUUCCCAUGUUAAACAAGCGGCAGUAGACCACAUCGGCGGCCUCAAUGUGUUAGUAUCAAUCCAAGGAUCUGUACAUACGUAUAUAUUAUGUUUCUCCCCAUUGAAAAAUGAGCAUACAAUACCAUACAUGUUAACCGGCAUUAUCGAAUGAUUGGUGAUUGGCGAGAAAAUAUAGGAACGAUAAGGUAAUGUCAAAUAAUGAUCCACAUGUACCGUGUGAUUCUCAUUGUGUAAUCCCAAGCGAUGAGCUUGGCAUUUCUGUAAUAAGAAUUCCUAGUGAAACAAAAUUGCAUCUUACCGUUCGGUAUACAUCAACUAUCAUUGACGGCAGUAUGUUAUGUAAUGGUAAAAGCAGUAGGCUUGAUUGUAACCUGAUCUGUGGUAACAUUGUACUGUAUACAUAGCCGGUAUUAAGAAUUAUGACGAAUUAUUAAAGAUGAUUUUAUAGAAGAUUUGAACUUUGCGAAGGAAAAGUCAGGGCAUCUCAUCUCAACGAAUUUGCCGCCAUUGAUGCUGGGGCAAACCUUGUUAACUCUGAAGACAAUUAGUUCUAGGCUGUUGCAGAGCAACCGUAUCCACAUCAGGUAUGACAAUGCUCGAAUUCUUGGCAGUUUAUCUCACAGACAUGUUAUCGAGUAAGGGAUACCAUUAUUAAAGGAUCAACCCAUCAAUGACAGAUUGUCAUCAUUAAAAUAAUUGAUUAAAAACACAUCCCGUAUUAUAGGGUAGUAUCUAGCCAAGAAAGCCUAUGGGAUACGUAUUUUUGUAAUACUAUAUUCAUAAAAUAGAUUUCUUGUGUAUGAUCGUAUUCAAGUAUACAAAACGAAAUACAAAUUUUCAAACUGUA